AUGCGCAACUCUGAAGCAAUUGCUAGAAGAUUUAUUGUAGGUUGGGAAACUGGAUCGGUUGGUGGAAAAAGAAAGAUGAAGGCAGAAGAUAGCGCCCGAUCGGGGGAGCGCCUGCCGGUCGGAAUUGUUGAGUCCCGAGAAACUGGGAAGAGGCAGAAAACAGAACCAAUCACAUUCACAUUAGAAGAUCAGCUUGAAAACAUGGAUCAAGGGAUAGAGGCCCUAGUUUUCACCAUUGACAUUAUGGGAGUUGAUGUUCAAAGGGUGAUGGUCAAUACCAGCAGUAGCGUUAAUGUCCUUUACUUGGACGUUAUUCAGAAGCUUAACCUGGACCCGGUUGAAUUGACUCCGAUCGCUACUCCUCUAUCAGGAUUCACCGGAGAUACAAUACACGCGGAAGGAAAGAUAAGCUUGCCGAUGGAAAUCGGGACUCCACCCCGAACGUUUCCUAUCCCCGCCGGGGUAGGAGUCCUCCGGGGAGACGUUCAGACCGCUCGGAAGUGCUACUCUAGGGCGUUGAAUAUGCGAGACACCGGGACCUCACAGGUCAAUACCAUCGCCAAGGAUACCAACGAAAGACGCAAGGAGCAGCCCGGGCCGUGUGAAGAAGUGGAAGAAGUCCUGCUCCAUAUCUUUGCCUGGGGAUCGGAGGACAUGACGGGCAUUGACCGAGCCAUUGUUUGCCAUCAUUUGGCUGUUAACCUGGAUGCCAAACCUGUAAAACAGAAGACCCGUCAUCUCUCAACCGAUCGUCGAGAGUUUAUCCGAGAAGAGGUAAAGAAAAUGGCAUCGAUCAGUCAUAUUCGGCCUGCCAUUUGUCCGGAUUGGGUGGCAAACAUAGUAUUAGUUCCUAUGCCACCGUCAUGGCAGAUGUGUAUUGACUUCACUGAUCUGAAUAAAGCCUGCCCGUUAGACCCAUAUCCUCUACUCAGUAUACAUCAGAUGGUCGAUGUGACGAUCGGAGCUGAGUUGAUGAGCUUCAUGGACGCCUUCAAAAGCUAUCAUCAGGUUAUGAUGGCCCAGGAGGAUGAGAGCAAAACAUCCUUCAUCAAGCCGGAUAGCUUAUAUUGUGAUAGGGUUAUGCCCUUUGGGUUACGAAAUGCCGGGGCGACUUAUCAAUGGACGGUUAAUACCUUGUUUGAGAAAUUGCUAGGCCAUACCAUGGAAGCAUACAUCAAUGACAUGCUGGUCAAAAGUCGAAACCGACCGAACCACGCCCGGGAUCUUCGCUAG